GGCGACAGGUGGCUCAUGAUUGUCUUGUACCUCCGCCUGUUUCUUUCGAAUGCGCGCCACUCUAAAGCACAAGUUGAGAGAGAACUUGAAAGAAUAGAGACGUGACACCGAUAAGUGAACUGGAAAACAAACAGGAAGAAAUGUCUGCUAGUAGGACACUGCUGUUAUUGAAUUUUGGAGGCAAUAAUUUGAUUGCUGAAAUCGCUGUUGCCGCAAAGCUCUGAGCCUCUGGUACGCAGAUCAGUAUACCUGGUAACAAUGUUGUUGCUCAUCUGGGUGGUUGUCAUGACAAUGGAUGUCAAGCCAGCAGUCAGUCAGAACUCUGGCUCAUUGCAUGUCGAUUGUGACUUCGGUCUACUACAGAAUUCAACAAACACCCACUUUGUGACCCAAGGGAAUUUGACUCCAUCAUUUGGCAAUGCAAGGAGCUGCCGGAUCCAGCACAAUGCUUCAGCAGCUUUUGUACGGGUAGAGCUGACAAGAGUUAACAAGAAUAUAAGCACCAUAUAUUCCAUAGUAGUGGAGAAUACGGAUAUCACUUUUGUAGGGACAGCUCGUGAUUAUGACUUAGUGCACAGUGAUGGCUACCAGUUUCAUGCUUGCCCAGUUGUGAACUCUCCAGACCAGGGUACAGAGCUCAAGCUUUACAUGUUUGGGUCUCCAGGCAAUGUGACAUUCCAACUUGGGGUUGAUUUGGAUGAGACAUUCUUAUCUGCAGGACAGAGCAAGGACAUUGUUCUGCAGAGUAAUGAUGCACAAGGAGAGGUUCUGGCAUUUGAUAUACAGAAGGAUAACCUGUUUAAACUUCUCCAAAUCUCAGUAUCUUCCACUGAUGACAACAUUGAGUGUUACCUCAUAGUAUCCCGUAGUUGUGCAAAUGUUCAGCGCCAGCUCAGAGGAAUAGCCCAAGACACUAAAGAUAAACAACUGAAGCUCACAUUCACAAAAUACGGCCGCAUCACCCUUUCCCAGUUCUCUUCACCGAAGAUUGAGGCAGGCCGCUGGUACAUUGGGGUCAUGGUGACUAAUGUGAUGACACGAAACAGUGAGAGGAAGACUUUGACAGUCACGGUGGACAACUCCUAUGGAUAUGACACUCUCGGCAAAGGACUGCCAGCCGGAUACAUGUGUCUGAUUGCAAUCAUUGUUGGUUUAGCCAUUGCGGUCUUUGCUCACUUCUUUUUAAACACAGACUUUGAUGAGAUGUGUCCUCCAAGCCAUAACAAGGAUGAGCAGCAAGACCCAAAUGUGUCAAUUAGUGAGUUCAUUCCUGCGCCAAUCCCCUGGAAGUACUUCCCAUGCAAACGCUGGGCUGAAGUUGUGUUCAUACACUGGUUCAGUAAAGGAAUGAAGACAUAUUCUUACCUGACAGCAGUUCUUGCUAUAGCCUUUAUGGUCGGAUCAGCCCAGUUUGUCAUUGGCCGCUGGUCUGACAUGAUCGCAUCAGGUGACCGUGAUAAAUGCUUCUACAAUGAGCGUUGUUACCGCCCCAUUGCCUUUGCUGAUCUACCGUCCAAUUUCAUGGUCAGCAAUGUCCCCUAUGUGUUACAUGGUGUCAUUUUGUCCAUCUCUUUCUCUCUACGUGAGGCCAUUGCACUUGAUUUCUACAAGCCAAAGCGUGGUAUCAACCUACAGGUGAAAGGUGAACAUGUGCCAUAUGACUACUCCAUAGCAUAUGCUCUCUCCUGGGCACUCAUCUUCCAGGGAAUCUUCUCGGCUACAUACCACUUAUGCCCUUCAAGGAUGACGUUCCAGUUUGACUCCGCCUUCAUGUUCAUCAUCUCAGGACUUGUAGUCAUUGCACUGUACAACUCACGCAUCAAGAAACGAGAGGAUACAGGGAAUGAUCGUCCUGCCCAUGAUACCAUUAUCCAGGCCCCCAAGUAUUUCCUCUUCUUUGUAGCGCCAAUUUUACUGCUGAACUACGUCGGCUCCAUCCGGGACACCACAGGUUUGCCACCAUUCGUUGAGGGACUCUACUGGGUAUUCCUUGUCUUGUGGAUUAUUCUCAUCUACAUCUGGGCAUUCAAGAAAAUAGGUGUGCCUUGUGGGCGAGGCACUGAUUGCGUCAGUAAUGCUGAGCACAGACUCAAGUGGUUCUGGCUUGUCAUCUUCCCCAUUUGUCUGAUCAUCAUUGGCUUUUCACAGUUUGGUGACUGGUCUCAGUUCUUCCUGUUUGCAUGCGUCGCAGCAGUAGUCCUUAGCAUUGCCGGCCUGAUGACACUGAACCUUACCCUUUCAGUCAAGCAGUACCGCAGCUAUGACGCAGUAGACGGCUCCAACCCACUAUGUGACCCUAAAGCCAUCCUUGCCUCUUUCCUAGCUAACAUCCAUCGGGUCUUCUUCAUGAUCGUUCUCUUCCUAUUCUGGGUGUUUGCCAUGUAUUUUUUCAAGCUGAAGCCGACAACCAAGAAGACCGCAGCCCCGAGCUUUUCCCGCACUCGCAACCAGGAAUGUAUCCUGUGGGACUUCUUCGACUACCAUGACAUCUGGCACAUGUUGUCAUCUUUCGCACUCUUCAUGAGUGCAUACCUACUGAUCUACAUGUGUUCCAAGGUCGAGCGGUAUGCCUGGGUGGAGAUGCAAUAUGACAAGAGAGUAAGAUCCUACCAGCCAAUGUCCAACAAGAUGAGGCCACCCAAGGAUGAAGCCCCUGGACCAAGCUCUGUGCAAGAGGGAUGCACAAAGGAUGAUGAUGUUACACAUGAUGAUGUAGAUUUGGCUGGAUUUGAUAAAGGUAAGCAUCCCACUGAUAAGCCCCGCCCACUUUCUCAUGCUGGCGAGUUGAACCUUACACCGAGCACAGAGAGCCUUGAAGGGUUCAAGGACUAUAAAGUAGGCCAGCAACACUACAGAGAAGCCUUUGUGUAGUUAUCAGUUCUCAGAAGCAAAAUAACUACAACAAAGAUAAACUUCUUCAGCACUUAUGACUCUGCCAGAAAGUUUUUUGUCAGAAAAGCCUUAUUUUCAUUGAAAGUUUUGAUAUUUUCGUCUCCUUUUUUGGCUUGAAUUUGCCACUCAAAAAGUCAUAGGAUUUCUAAGUAAAAGCCGCCUAUUAGCCUAUUAUCUUUCCCAAAUAGCAAUCUCAAAUAACUACUUAAAAAAUAUUUGGUGCUCAAAGAGUACCAACUAAAAUAUAGUUUUUUUUUAGAUUUUCCAAAAAAUAAGCACAUAUAUUUAUUGUAUGUAAUGUAAAUGAAAACAAAAGUGGAACCUUAUUAAAGCUAACCUGUUCUAGAUUACAAUAUGCUGGUAUUUCUGAUAGAUAAAAUGUUCUUUUUAUAAAUUCUUAAAUAAGCACUUCACAAUGGAUAAUAAUAAUAAGUUUAUAGUUAAAAUGAUAGUAUUGUUAAAUCUGAAAACUAUAACAUCCAUUAUUAGUCAUCAAAUAUUAUAUUGCAUGUGUUGGCAAUUCUAGUAAAAGGCCUUUAUUCUCAAUUAAACCGUAAGCUUGCAAUAAGAAACUAUCAGCCUAAGUUUGAAAUGACUAUUGAUCUAUCAGGUAAAUACAAUAAUGCAAUGUUUUGAUAUGCUCAUCCUACCUCGAGCAGAUAUAAUUGGUUAGUUUUAAUAAAGGCUGGAUGCCCGUGUUUAUUGCCCUUAUUCUUCUUUUUAUUAUUAUUAUAACUUAUUUAAGGCAAGCUAGUGAACCCUGCAAUGUAUGAUAUUUAUAACAGUUUCUACCCAAAAUAAAAUUAAGUAAAAUAAUCAUGGGAUGCUUCCUGUUUAAAACUCCAUCGAAGUAAUAAAUAUAUACUGUUGCAUUUAAUUAUAUUGCACUUAAUAUCUAAAUAUAAUUAUACAGCUAUGUGAGUGCAGCAUCAAUCAAAUUACUAAACAAUGAAUGUAAACACUGAUCUAACUGUUAUAAAAUCAUGCUUUUGUAAACACCUUAACAAGCAAAUAAAACAAACUUAUUUAA